AAACAAACACAGGGAAUCAGAAGACAUCAAGUAUUUACUUUAAACAAGGCAUUUUAAAGAUAAUUUACACAAAAAUGUACAUUUAUGAUAUUUCAGGCCUGGAAAUCACAGUUACUCUGAUAUUUCAAAUGUUUGCACUAAAUUAAGAAAAAGACAUGUAUGUCCACAAGAAGCCUGGACUAUAUUUGGUGAUGUUUUCCAACAAAAACCUUUUACAUCCCACAACAUAAGCUACAGCAGUGUCAUGGUUGGCACAAACAUAAUAUGCUGCAAUUACCUAAGCUGUGUCAGCUGGUCUUUUAUCUCUUCUGCCCCCUUUUCAAUCCAUCCAUCUCUCUCUCUCUCUCUCUCUUUCUCUCUCUCUCUCUCUCUCUCUCUCACCAAACAGGCAGGCAUGAACUGGUCUAAUGUCAGUGUUACCCUACUAAUGUACACAAACUGGACUUUGAAUGCUGCGAAGAAGACUUGUCUUACUCAUUUAAAAGGGGACAUAGGUGAGAGCCCUAAAAGGUAUGUUAAAUGUCUCAUUUGUAGUCAAGUAGUCUUUCCCACUAACUGGGUUGAAAAAACAGUUGUCAUUGUUUGUGAUUUUCAAUACUUAAUACUUCAAUGCUUGCAUUUUCUCUAAUUAUUUCCAGUUUAGUUCAGUUUAAUUCAUCCCAUUUGCAUUCUUAGCUAUAAAAGUAUUUAAGUCUUUCUUUUCUUUUUUUCUAGUCUGAAAUCGACACAACCUAAUUUAGGUUUAGGUAAAAAAUUGCUGACUGUUUUUCAGAUUUCGUUCAGUUGUAUGUAUCACACAUGGUAAACCACUGUCUGGUCUGCUUUUCACUUAAAAAGCAUGCUGCUAUUCUCAUCGCUGAUUUAUUACCUAAUGGUGUGGACAGUUUAAUCCUUGAUCAUUUUAAUGCAAAAAAGUAAGGCCCAGGAGCAAGAGUGCCAUAUUGUAAUGGCAUUGAGGUCACUAAAUAAAACGUAAAAAGCCCCCCAAAUCUGUGCAUGCACUAUCAGAAAAUAAAAUUGUCAAAAAUGGUCCCUAGCUGUUACUGGGGGGAAAGUACACAUGCACCUAAAGAGUUCAAAUUAGUACCUUUAAAGGGGCAUACUGGUACCAAAGAGUAAAUAUUUGUACCUCAAAGGUACAUACUUGUACCAAAUGUAUACAUAUCUGAACCUAAAUUGUACAUAUUAGGAUCUUUUUAAAGUGUACUGACAAUUUUUUUACAUUUUUUUUUUAGCAAAAACUGAUGGAAACAUACUAAGUAAUCUCAUAAAGCCUGUAUUUUGUGCUCUCUUUGACAAGCAAAGAGCCUUUGGGCAGUUUUGUACAGAGUGCUCUUUUUCUUUUAAGAGGUCCGCUAAGCUUUUAAAACAUGCUGAUCUGUUCAGCACAGGACAUUCACUUUCUUUUAGUAAAACAUUUCACCAUAUGGCUCCUUAUAAACUCUUUACUUGAAAAUGUUGAAUUUGACAUUAUCACUAUUAUCAUAUCAUAUACAGAAUUCCGAGGAUUUGCCAGGAUGGAAAAGAAAGACACUUAUUUACCGAAGACCAUUGCCUGCCUGCUAAAUGCUUUCCUAGGCACUAGAAGGAUGUGUUAAUACAUCAUUUGGGUUACCAUGGGCACCAGGAUGAACUUUAAAAUAUUAUUUCCCACAGGUCUGCUGAUCGUUCUACACCUAUGUGAAAUAUCUAUGAGCUGCCCAUCUGUAUGUUCCUGCAAUGGGAACCAAACAGACUGUAGUGACCUUAAUCAACUCAUCUUCACGGACUCCAUCAUCGAUCAGCUUCCAUCAGACUCGACCUUCCUAAACCUCUCAAAAAACAACUUCACAACUGUGGAACCUGGAUGUUUUUCCAAUCUCAGCGGCCUGCUUCAUUUAGAUCUCUCUAGAAACCUUCUCUCCACCCUUCACGCUUUAAGCUUCUCAAAGCUGAAUAACCUAGAAAUCCUAGACCUCUCUAAAAACCACCUAAGGAUGCUUCCUGUUAACCUGUUUUCUGAUCUCAGGAGGCUUGCAGAACUGGUUCUAAAAGAUAACAGACUUAAGGAACUGAACCCAGAUCAGUUCAAAGGCCUGACUGAGCUGAAACGCUUGGACCUUUCCUUAAACAGCCUCGGUAAUCUGCCAACACACCUACUGGAUGGACUACAUAAUCUAGUAUGGCUUUCGAUUGUUGGCAACAAGCUCACGACUAUACAGCGAGACUCACUUGAGCAAACUUCCAGUUUGCAACACCUUCUGCUGGAGGGAAACCCAUGGAACUGUAGCUGCAGGUUAAUACCACUAAAGCACAAGCUAGAAUGGAUCUUAUAUAAAGGUGGUCAUGUGGAUUCCAUCAACUGCUCCUACCCUACAAACCUCCAAGGGAAGGAUCUUCGCAACGUUCCUACCGAAAUUUUCAAACAAUGUUAUUCUCUAUAUUUUGAAACCAUAAAUCCAUCUGAUGCGGGACAAAUAGGAUCGAACGUGGACUGUAUACGCCAGCGCUACCGGCCGGUAAGUGUGCGUCGAGCGUCUGGCACAGUUGUGGUAGCUGGGGUGGUUUGUGGCGUGGUGUGCGUGUUAAUGGUAGUAUCAGCCACCUAUGGGUGUGUCUACGCAAUGCUGGCUGCUCACGAACAGCAGCAGCUGAAGCAGGGGAAUAGCCAACAGCAGCCGCUGAUAGUGGCUAAGGAACCAGAUCUGAUGAAAGAACUAAAGGAGGACUUGAUGCCAAAUACUAGAAAGGAAGCAGAAGCACCAGAGUGCGCAGAGUGGAUGGCAUUUCCACCAGAAGUGUGUGUAUAAAACACAAAAGACCGCUGGCAUUUUUGGGGGGAAAGACCUUUGAUUUAUAAUGCUUUAACAUCUGUGAUCAUUAAGUCCACUUAUAGAUCGUAUCUAACCAACCGCUAUCACUUUGUUUAUGUAAAUGAGGAAAAGUCAUGUCACUCUCCAGUUAAAUAUGGCGUACCGCAGGGAUCAGUUUUAGGCCCUAUCCAGUUCUCGUUAUAGGUUAUCUCUUAACAUAACAUAAGUUUUCACUGCUAUGCUUUGUAACAAUCAAACAAUUGUGAAAAGCGCUAUAUAAAUAAAAUGUAAUUGAAUAUUUAGAUUUUUGGAUUUGGCAAGGAGAGCUGGUGAUCUGAUACAUUUGAUUAUGACUUAACGUCAAUAUUAUUUAUAAAUGCGGUUUGUUUUCAGGCUUUAAAUUUGUUUGAUGUAGACUUUUGUACCUCAUAUAAUUAAAAUGGUGAUCUUAAAAUGUUUGCAUGGUAACAUACAUUUCCAAUUUUAAAAGAAAAUGUGCUCAUUUAUACCAAUCUUUGUUCGGAAUAACAGGCUGAGAGGGCCAUCAA